UUCAUUGCAAUGGAAAGAAUAAAAUUUUAAGUUUUCUUGUAUUUAAAAAUGUUUAAGCCGACAUCUAUUAAGGAAGCUAUCUCAUUAUGGCAACUAAAAAAUAGUAUACCAGCCUCGGAGGCUCAUGAAGUCGGUUUACAAUUUCAAUGGCCGCCCAUUGAAAAAAUGGACUCUAGUUUGGCUCGAUUAGUCGAAUGUCGCAAGCUAAGUCUCUCAACCAAUUUGAUUGAUAGAAUUUCGGGUCUCGGUACCCUUAAGAACUUAAAAGUUCUAGAGCUCUCUCGUAAUAAAAUCGGAACCCUAAUUGGAAUUGAAGUCUUGGAAAAUACUUUGGAAGAAUUGAUUGUCAGCUACAAUUAUAUUGAAAAACUGCAUCCAAUUGACACAAUGAAAGCUUUGAAAGUAUUUAACGUAUCAAAUAAUCUCGUUAAAGAUUGGGUAGACUUUAACCUGAUGGCCACAAUAAAAUUGGAGUCUUUGUCGUUUCUUGGCAAUCCAUUGCAGGAAAGGUUUGCUGAUGAUGGACUCGUAUAUAAAAUGGAGGUGAGAAAACGAUUACCAAACCUAAAAUAUUUAGAUGGUGAUCAGUUGAAAAAAAAUAGUAACAUUUAGCUUGUGUAUAGAAUUAACGUAUUUUACGACAUUAAUAAAUUUACUUA